GCAACCUGGAUGACCUUCGCUGUGAUUCGGGAUCACAUCAUAGGCAAGGUCGAGGGCAAGUGGUCCAGAUUGUUCGCAAUACUUCUGCGUGAGAUCCCGCUUGGCCCCCUGUUCUUCAGAGACGCGGGCGCGGCGUUGAAUGUGCUCGGCCAAACGCGCCUGCUGUUCGCAACGGUGAAAGGUGUUUUAACCGACCUCGACGGCCACAGGAUGACGUUCGACUGGACGGGCGCAAGCUCCCACAAGCCAUGCACUUUUUGCUGCAAUUGUUGGAAGAAGGAUUCACAUCUCAUUCCAGGGUGCUACGAUAUAUCUUGUUCACUUUUCUCUAAAUUUCGGUUGCGUGAUCACGAGGACAUGGUUGCAAAUCUGGCUGUCGUUUUGGCGGCGAAAGCGAGACGUGACGCUGGGGCCAUGGGCGUUGGGGAUUUCAAGGAGCUCAUUCAGGGCGUCGGCUUCAACCCAAACCCACUGGGCCUUCUAGCAGAUGAGGCUUUGUGCGGCAUCCUCGACAUCUCUGACAUCAUCCGCACAGGCUGGGUACACCAUUAUCAACAACAUGGCGCAUUUUCUUGGGAGUGCACGGCUUACGUGAGGGCGUGCGAGAGCAAGCUGGGAAUUAUGUUCGAGAUGUGGGGUGAGUUGGUGAAGGCUGAUUUGACAUUCCCCUUAUCAAUGGGCGUCAAGAUCAGCCAAGUCUACGACGCAUUUUCCGCGUCCUCCGAGGAGGAGUCGAAGAUUCGGUGCAAGGCAGGUGAUUGCAUAUCCUUGUAUGUUAUCAUGCGGCAUUUGGUCGAAUGCAGACUGCUCGACAUCCCUGGCCUUGAGAGGGGGAACGAGUCUAUCAGCGCAGCAUGUGCUGUCUUGGACCUCGUCCUCGAGGCUAAGAGGGCCCCGCAGACUGGGCUCGCAGCCAUUCUCAAUGAGCUCAGGGCCGCUCUUCGUGUACACAUGGAUAGGCUUGCAGCCGCAUGCGGCAAGAGGUAUUUACGUCCGAAACACCACGCCAUGAUGCAUAUUCCAGAUCAAAUUUGGAAAGACAAGUUUGUAGUCGACAUGUUCGUUGUUGAGCGCUUAAAUAUUCGCGUCAAGCAGUCCGCAGAGAACAGCGUCAGGAACACAGAGCGGUACGAGUACUCUGUCCUCUCGAACUUGCUGACGAGGCACCAUAAUGAUUUGACCGGUGGUGUGCAAUCCCUCCGCGAGGGCCUUUGCGGGUCUAGAAAGGAAUUGCCAGGCUAUCCAAAUGUGGAGUUGGGUCAUGGCGCCUGGGAGGAUGGUCACGAGUUGCACGUUCACGACGUGGUAUUGGUCGGGGAUGGUGCUGGCCUCGUGUCGGCUUGCGUCUGUGAACGUGGGACGCUGUACGUUGUCGUCAGGAAAUUGCUGCCCACUGGCAGCCUGGAGUGCCCGGCCGCGCCGGUCAUUCCGCCGCGCCCUGCCUGCCCGUCGCCGCAGCGCCCCGCGGCGGUCCCUUGCGAGACGGGCGGAGCGGCGCCCGACUGGCUGAGGCAGCUGGAGGAGCCGUGCGAUCGGUGGACGCUCGCCUUCCAGUUGUUCUGGGUCGGGCUGCUCUUCGGCGUGCUGCUGACUCUGUCGCUUGGGUGUGCCUGCAGCCAGUGUCGGCGCUCCUUCCGACGGCCCUCGCCUUCGGCCGGCCUCGCGCUGGCGGACGUGGAGACGCCGGAAAGCCGGUGGAUCUGGUCUACUCCCGACUUCUCGGUGCGGCAGGUCGACUUGUCAGAUCGGGCGGCAGUGGUGCCGAUGAUCCCGCUGCAGCGCAACUCGCCGUACCCUCCCAACUUGCAUGUGCACGGAUUCGACAACCCGAUCGACGCUCAGGACCUGGCGAGGAUCAGAGCGGAGGGUCGGGCUCUCGCGGAGAUCCUCGGAGCGGCGCCCGCCGCCGCGGCAGGUGCGGCUGCGCCCGACGGCGCCGUGUGCAUGUACUCGGACCCGUCAUGUAACUUCUUCGCGGAGGAGUUUGACGACAGUUUGCUGGGCUCGGAGGCGACGACCGUGGCGAGGGGCCCGGUCGCGCUUGCGAAGCGCGGCGACGAGUGGACGACGGCGGAGCGAGUCCCUCCGAGAGACAAGUUACGCUGGAUGCAGGAGAAGUUGCGCGGCGAGAGCAGAGAUUCGAGAUUGCUACCCUUGCAGCUGGACCCAAACACGCAGACGCGCUCGACGACCUUGAGGGAGGCCGUCAAGUUGCUGAAGCAGUCGAUGCAGGCCGACGGUUUCCCCUUCCAGAAGAGUCGUUCGAUCUUGGAGUUAGCCAAGGGCGUGGCGGCGUCGGGGCACGAGUUCGGCACGUACCAUACUUUCUGGGUGAGAAGCAGCACGGUGGGAGAGCGCACGGCGGUUGCCAUCGAGCAUUUCCACCUGCUGAUGCUGCUGCACAUGGUGGUGUGUUAUGAUCAGUUGAACUUGCCUAACAUGGCCGCGGCGGAGUUCGCGUCGCGCCGGGUGCUGACGAUCCAGCGAGCAGUGCGCCGCAAUCCUCGGAACCCUGAUUUUGAAGGCUUCGACUCGUUCAUGGCUCACGCCUUCGACGCCAGCGGAGGAGUGGUCACGACGCAGUUCGAUCAGGAGAUGGCCGCCGAGAUGCGCAAGACUCAGGCCAUUAUCAUGAAGAGCGAUCGUUUGUUGAAGGAGGAGUCAGAGGCCGACUCGCAGCGCCAGAAGGACGGCAACAACAAGGACAAAAACAAGGACAAGAACAGCGACCCGAAAGGGUCGCAGGGCGGACGAUGGCUCUACGGUCCCGGGGUGGCGUUGUUCGCCGUGGCGACACCCCGCAUCAUGAUCCCUGUGAGGGAACGGCCGGCGACCUGGACGCUCUACUUGCCUCAGCGACUUCUUCGGCUGGUGGCAGGGCGGGCCGUGGGUUGCGCCUG